AUGAAAGGGAUAGAAACUGUAAAGCAAGGUAAAUCUCAGCUUCUCAAAUUCAUUGGAAAGAAGAUUAUAAGAGAGGCUAUAGAUAUAAAUAAUAUACGUCCAAUUCACAAAAUUGUUGAAGAUACUCUUAGAGAAGCCCAGAAUAAGAAAUGGGAUUUCAAUGAAUUUAUCGUAAUAGAUAUUGCAAAAGAGCAAAACAUGAAAAUAGAUAUCAAUUAUUAUUUAAGAUCAACAACAGCAAUGUGCGCACGCUUUAUCAAUGAAGAUGAUAGCUAUCAACUACCCCCAUCAGAUAGAAUAAUGUAG